AUGUUGGAAGGUGCCGAUUUUCUUGGAAUUUGGUUAGCUGCUGAGGAAUUUAUGCUUGACGAUUUGGGUAGACAGGUGCGGGAUUUAUUUGAAAAAAAGUCGGAGCGUCUGAGACCAAAUUUUAUUCAAAUCUUUAAGUUAGUUUAUCAAAACGAAACAUUAGAAAGGUUUCGUACACAUUGUGUGGAUAUAAUUAAUACGACAACUUGGCUACAAGAUGCGUCAAUGCUUGAAUCAUUGGAUGAAUCAAUUUUCUAUAGUUUAUUUAAUGAUGAAGAUCACUUUGUUCACGACGGUAUCAUUUGGAAGAUAUUGAUUCAAUGGGCAUGUGCACAAACUCCAAAGUUGGACGCUAGUAGACUUGACCAAUGGUCUGAAGCAGAUUUUGAAACGUUGAAAUUAAGGAUUGGUCAUUUCAUACCUUACAUAAGAUUUUCCUUGAUCUCUAGAAAUGAUUUCUACGACAACGUAUUACCAUACAAAUCGAUUCUGCCUAUCGAUACUACAAGUAAUACGGCUUUAACAUUUUAUUCUUACCUUUUUGAUGAAAAUGGACUGAAUCCGCUCUCUAUCUUGGAGGAUUCGAAGGUUGUGAAUCAUACUCACAUAGCAAUGAUUGCAAGGUGGAUUGAUGCAGGUCGUGAAGGAAAUUUUGGUUCAUCUACAGCUGAUAGUAUACGCUCUUUUGAUGCAUCCAGUAAUUAUACCCUUGAUGAAACAUCAUCGAUCGAAGAGCAAGAGUCUAAUACAGACUCAAAGAAUACGAAAUCUGAUGAAAAGGGUGCCAAGAUUUGGAAGAUUCGACGAAUCUUAUCUUUUCGUAAAGGAAAACGUUCACACAAUAGCGACAUGAGAAAGAAUAAUAGUAAUAAGCAAAAUACACAUUCGGAUAAAAAUGUACCCAAUAAGGAGAACAACGCUCAUAGUGCACAAACAGCCUCAUCACCAAUCCUGUAUCCUUCUACCUCUUCAACGUAUAAAUUUAAAUUGAUUUAUAGAGGUAGCCGUGAUGGCUUUGAUUCUUCAACAUAUAAUUCGAAAUGUAGAGGAAAGGGUCCAACAGUAGUUGUGGCGUCGUUAAGUCAUCAUCGAUUCAUCAUUGGUGGAUACUAUCCAAUCAGUACCGAAGGCACUUAUCCUUGUUCUGUAUUUACAGGAGCAGUUGAUAGUUUUAUAUUUUCUUUUGGUGAAGGGGAUAACUUGGAAGAGGAAUCUACAAUUAGUCGUAUUUUAAAAGAGCAUGCACAUGAGGCAAUUCGUCAAACGGUAUAUGGGCCAGGGUUUGGUGAGAGUGAUCUUAUUAUUAAGCUUGCUGGAACCAACAAUGCAAAGAAUGGUGUUUGCAAGCAAAAAUGUUAUGAAAGAAAAAUUAUAGAUGUUAUAGAUUUUGCUUUUGACGAGUGUGAAGUUUUUCAAGUUAUCAAAGAGGAAUUUAAAAAUAAUAUGUAA